CUGGAACAGAAAGUCUAAAUUGGGAGCGAACGAUCACUGCGUUUGCCUCGCUUAUCUUUUAAGGGGGUAAAACAAAGAAAAGAGGCGACACAAACUUACUGAGAUUGGACUUGUCACAUUCCUCCCUUCGGCGUUCAUCCCAGCCUGCUUAGCAUGGCAUCUGGGGGCCUAUCUGGUGACUGCAGCGUGGAUCGUUCGCUAGUCUGUCGAUCCCUUGCGCCUAAGGUGUUUGCCGAUAGACUCGACUAGGCGUUUAGUUGGCAUAGCUUGACAUAGCUCAAACGGUUUGAAUGUCUCAAGAGAGAUGAGCCUGAGUUUGUAUAAGCAUCAGCUUGUUGCAUCACCAUUUCAAGUCACAGAAGCGGAUCCCCCUCUGUCCACAGCACUUCAGUCUGAAUAGCAUUGUACUCCCCAUCUCGAAGACGAUUUGUUCCAUACUACCUCGUCCGUUCCAUUGUUGCUACGAUGCCCCUUGCCGCUUCGCAAGAUAAACCUGCCAGAAAGCGCAAUGUCGUCUCGCGUGGUCGAACCGGUUGCCUGACUUGCCGACGCAGGAGACUCAAGUGCGAUGAGACGAAACCGGGGUGUAACAAUUGCAGACGUAUCAACCUUCCGUGCGAAGGAUAUGCUCAGAGGAUCACUUUCAAAGACCAAACGAACCUCGUGGUUGCAAGAGUGACAGGCAGGCCUGUAGGGAAGAAAGGGCGGUCAUCGAGCUCUAAGAAUGAGGGGGAUGACGAGGCAAACGGCAUAUUGCCCAGUUCCGGCAGCCGGAAACCGAUCGGCCUAAGAGGACCACCUUCUCCCCCGUCGUCCGAGUAUUCAGGAUCAAGUUCUCCUGUGGAGCUGAAGCAGGAAGGUACAAAAGCAACUUGUCGACGAGAUCCAGACACUCCGACCGAUUCUGAUUCUGAAAUAUACUCUGAGAUUAAACUCGACCAAGGGCGUUCAACGCCUGCAUGGCCCGAUGUUCUUGAUGCAGCCCCUGGUUCAUCAAUGGUGAUUCACGACGGCUACUUGACGCCAUACUCGCCAAUGUCCGCAGGAAACAGGCUCUCGCCCCGGCGUAUCCCGUACCAUUCAUCUCUCUCCCUUCUUGGAGCGUUCGAGUUUCCAGAGGACUACACGUAUUAUGAAUACUCUGCCAACGGUCAUCUAUCGGGACUUUCAAAAGUCUUACCUCUAUCGGAGAUUCUCAAAUCACAAGCCAUGUCCCACCACGUCUACAACGCCUCCAUGGCGUUAGCAGCUCUCACAAUGUCGAGUUUUGAGCCAUAUUCGAGAGGCUCGAUCAAUCUACGCCGUCACGCCUUUCAUCAUAGUCUCAAGGCAAUUCAGGGCUUGAACGCGGAGUUAACCUCGAGCAGCGCAGCGGACACUCCGAGUCAAUCGUGGGAUCAUGAUAGAAUUCUUUCAUUGUUCGCCACAGCCAUGUUGCUUGCCAAUUUUGAGCUUCAGCGAGGCGCCUUGCUUGCAUGGCGCUCGCACAUGCAAGGUGCCGCAUUAUGCCUUAAUACCGGUUACAAACUGCUUAUGCAAACUCCGGCAGGAAUGCUGUUGAUUAGGUCUUUUGCGAGAAUGGCACUGUUGCUGCGCUUAUAUAACAAAGACUACUCAGUUACCUCGCCGGAAACUAUGCCAACGAAAGUGUCACGAUGGCUAGAUCUGCUUUUGAAGCAAUCGUCGCAACUACGGGACAGGAUGUUGUUGUUGGUAGAAGAGGUAACAGCAUUGGAGAUACAGAAACGUCAGGAGCCCGAGCUCGAUACUUUCUGGUCUAGCAAAAGUUCUGAGCUUCUUUGCAAGCUGGAUGAAUGGCGGACGGCCGUACCGAUUGACGAAGUGCCCGUUGAUGAUGACAUUAGCGGAGCUUAUCUGACGAUAUCUUCUUCUGAUCAUGCAUCUUUGAUCCGUGUAUCUGCGCUCGUUUUUCCCAAUGCCAGAGACCCUUGCACCUCAGCCGUCAAUUACGCGGCGUAUCUCUGCACGAACAUGCGGGCGCGUACGCGAUACCUUCUAGAUUCAGGACGGAUAGUUCCUCCUGAUGCGGAGCGGACCGCACUCACCAUAUGCCGGAUUGCAGCAGGGAUACCGCCCACGCGGUUCGGCGAGUCUUUCACACACAGCUAUGGCAUGCUUCCCUCGGUUGUCGGAGCCUACCGGUGGUCAACGAACCCGGGACUGCGCAACUGGGUCAAACAUUGGUUGGCAGGUUAUCGCGGGCCACGAGAGGGUAUCUGGAACGUUCAACAGACGCUCAAGCUUCUCGCGACGAUGGACGGCCUGCCGAAGCCAGGUUGGCACUUUGUUGCUGUGAGGGUCAUUGACGAGCCGCAAGAACCAUCGCCAGAUCUCGAUGAAGCUCACAGCAAUGAGCCGUUCAAGGUACUCUUGCAGGCCAGGGUCCAAAAUGGAACUUCCACAAAUGUCUUUGUUGUCAGGUAGUAUAUCGUCUUUCCGCUGGCAAAGGCGCUUUUGGCAAACAGUACAUUGCGUCUUGUGGAACAAGUCUAGAAUCACUAGCGAGGACAUUGUCGUUGUCAAUUGUAGGGCAUCCUGGUCGACGCUGCUGCUUAUCACUUGUCAUCAUCCAAUGGGCAUCCAAUUGUUUGGCAAAUUUAAAGUCCAAAAUCAAGUGAGAAAUCGUCCCCGGUGUGGCAUGACGUCUAG